CCCUAAAGCCCACCGCCCACAACACGCGUGGACCGCAGAACCAAUUUUUUCUCCCGCCUCGCCGCCUUCUUCGCGUGUCAAGUUGUGACUGGGACAAUCAUGGCGGCCUUGACUCCAUCUCUCUAUCGUACACAGUCCUUCUCGUCUUCGCUCUUGUCUCCGUUAUCGCAUCACAGUCCUUUGGCACGCUCAUUGUCUGCUGCUCGUUGCUCCCCCGCACGUCUCCUGCAUCGGCAUUCGCACGUCCAAUCGCUCUCGCAAUCCCCCACCAUCGUUGACAGCACCACCACCAGGAAAUUUUUCAAGCUGGCUCCCUCCGGCUCACGUCCCUAUUCCCAAGCUACAAGUCGUCUGAGUUUGAUCUCACGACAUCUGGAACAACACCAGCAGUCUUCGUACCCUCGCAUCAACACUCCCUAUACGAUUGAGCUGGACUCGUUGCCGGCUUCCACAGACGACAUUCCCUACGUGCCCCCAGCACCACCUGCGCGUCUCGCCGGAACACCCUCUCAAAUUCAGAAACGUCAACUUUCCACCUCAACCACCGCCAGAAUGUCCUCGCAGGCUCCUCACGCUUCCCUCCUUAUCCCGGGGCCAAUUGAGAUCACCGAUGAGGUCUCACAGGCCAUGAGUCACUAUGCGCAAUCCCAUGUCGGACAGCCAUUUGUGAACACCUUCGGCGAAACGCUCACACUGUUGAGAGAUCUAUUCCAGACCACUAACCCGGGAUCUCAGCCUUUUGUCCUGGCCGGCAGCGGCACAUUGGGCUGGGACCUCGUGGCAGCCAACCUGGUGGAGCCUGGUGAAGACGUCUUGGUAUUGCACACUGGCUAUUUCGGAGACUCGUUUGCGGAUUGCCUCUCGACUUAUGGCGCAAAACCUACGCAGCUCAAAGCCCCCAUUGGGGACAAACCACAACUGCCCGAGAUUGAGGCAGCAUUGAAAGAGAAGAAAUACAAGGCGCUGACAGUCACGCAUGUCGAUACCUCUACCGGAGUGCUCUCCCAGAUUCAACCUCUCUCCGACGUCAUCCGGCGCGUGUCUCCGGAGACGCUUCUCAUUGUGGACGGUGUCUGUUCCGUAGGAGGAGAAGAGAUCCAGUUCGACAAGAUGGGCAUCGAUGUGUGCUUGACAGCCUCCCAAAAAGCCAUCGGCUGCCCUCCCGGUCUGUCGAUAGUGAUGGCGUCGGAGAAGGCAAUGAACGUCUUCAAGUCGCGCAAAUCCAACCCGGGAAGCUACUAUGCGAGCUUCAAGAACUGGGUACCUAUCAUGCAGAACUACGAGGCCAAGAAAGCCUCGUAUUUUGCAACUCCGCCCACCCAAUUAGUCCAGGCGCUCAACACCUCCCUCAAGCAGAUCCUCUCACAGCCUCUGGACGCCCGCUUCGCUCAACACCGCAAGGUGAGCGAAUACGUCAAGUCGAAAGUUGCAAGUCUGGGUCUCAAGCAAUUGGCCACUGACCCAGCCAAUGCAGCCAAUACCAUGACGGCAAUAUAUUUACCCGAAGGGCUGACUCCUCCGGAGAUUCUCCCCAAGCUGAUGUCGCGAGGAGUAGUAUUUGCCGGCGGCCUCCACCGGGAGAUCGCGGCGAGAUACAUUCGUUUCGGUCAUAUGGGUGUCUCAGCCAUGGAUGAGUCAAGGGGAGAGAUCGACAAGGCGCUCGAGGCGUUGAAGGACGGGUUGGCAGAAGUGGCGAGUGCUAAGAGCAAGUAAACAGCAUCUAGUUCUGGACGAAGUGGAGGACGGGGCUGUUUUGGCUGCACUUCGGAAAGCAGACGCAUGAGAUCUGGGGACAAGCCGAUGCAGGCUGGUCUCAGCAGAUCCUGGACUCGUUUGACCUUCGGGAGGAGUAGGAAGCAGGAAAAGCAUUUUGACGAGGUACAACUGCAGAUAUUUUGCAUACGACUACAGAGCAACGCCCAGUGAGACGGACUCCAUCCCCGAGAUGGUCCAGGGUUGUGUAUUACAAAACCUAGUGGCGAGGGUAUGAUCACAACCUGACUCUAUGUACAUAUGCCAUGCAUGUCAGUGGAGCUGCGACGACAUCAUCUCAAGACACAAGACUUUGGAACACAGCUAGUCACCCAGUGGGAGCACGACUCUUUCGGUGUAUGGCUCGUAUACGUGAUGCUGCAGUCACCUUUGCUUUGGAGUGGUGUGUUCUUCGCCUCCAGGUCAGCGUAUUUUGCACUGCGUAAAGUUCCAAGGGGGGAGCCAGCGCAAUCCACUCUAGAAUUGAUCAGAGGAAUGCCCUCAGUCAGCCCGGUGAUUGACGAGCUUUACCCGAAGACACUGUACCGCCCUUGUCUUCAGCCUCGCCCUCGAAACACAUGAACCUGUUCUCCCCGUUGCCCUUCGUGAAAGCAGAACCUUUUCUCUACCAACGACUACAAUAUUCUCUUCCAUUUCCCAACUCUACGCCAGCUACACUCUUUGAAGUCUUGCAGCAUACUCCGCUCUCGUUCCGGCGCGGUGCGAGCUGGAAGUGGACAAAACGCGGCACAAGACCCACAAGAAAGGGGGUAGAUCCACGGCGAUCAACGACGGGCACAUGGUCAAACUCAUAGGUCUGAAGGUCUAGAGGGUUAUUAUAUUCUGGUUAUCCACCGCGGGGGCGAGCACGUUUGGUGGCCCCCUG